UUAUUUAUCUACUGGUGCUUAUUUAUUCAGUUCACAUUCAUGAGUAUUUAGAAGUUUCCACAAAUAAUUUUGUGUGCGAACUUGCCUAUGAGUGCAGAUUUGAGUAUAUCAGUACAACAUAAUAAUUAUUAAUACAAUAGUAAAAUUUUAGAAUGAUAUUAUUAUUAUGUUGCAAAAUAUAAUAUUUUAUUAAUAUUGGUACCACUUUAAAACACGUCUUUGAUAUUAUGUUACAUACAGCUGUAAAAAAUAGUAAGUCACCAGCAUAAAUCAUUUGGCUUUUUAUGUUUUAUAGAAGCAGCCAUUAGUAUAGUAUAAAGAAUCUGUACUUCUGGGUUUGCCGGUUGUACCACUGAAAAAGGCAAGUAACUGAAGUCGCUUCAGAAAGACACUGGGUCAGGAAAGAUUAUUAAAUCUGAGCAAAGACAGAGGUCAGCUAAAGAAGUGCUUCAUGUUUAUAUUCAAGAAGUUUUAAUGUACGAUGUGAUAUUAAUUGCUAUUAACAUUCUGAAGACAUACUCCUCUGCUAAAGACAUGUUGAACUUGGACAAUGCAUGUAAGUUUCUCUGGAUUUAUGAGGAGUUCUUUUUCUGGAACAUUUCAAAGAAAGACUGGAAUCUGUUCUGACUUUCAGGACUAAGAAUGAGGAGACCAAGCCUUAGAGGAACCUGAAAGGAACCAGGAAUGGGGACGAUGUCCACACUGCCCCUGGAGGAUCUGCCCAACUCCACAGUGUUUACUCUGUCUGGGAUCAACGCCAGCAGGGAGAGCAGAUACGUUUUCUUCUGCAUAACGUUUCUUUACUACCUUGUCAUCAUCGCCGUGAACCUGAUAAUAAUUGUCACAGUCGCCCUGAGGAAGCCGCUCCACGAGCCCAUGUACGUGUUCCUGUGUAACCUCUGUCUCAACGGACUGUAUGGGACGUUAGGGUUCUACCCCAAGUUCCUGUAUGAUCUGCUCUCUGACGUCCAUGAAAUCUCGCGGUCAGGAUGCUUCGUUCAGGUGUUUGUCAUUUACUCUGCUGUCCUGUGUGACUUUUCCACGUUAACAGUGAUGUCUUAUGACAGAUCUGUGGCCAUAUGCAGGCCGUUGGAGUAUCACACAGUCAUGACGGGGGGGACCGUCUUUAAACUGAUUGUGUUUUCAUGGUUUCUUCCCAUUUCUAUUAUGUUUCUUACUCUUGUCCUAAGCUCUGGUGUAACUCUCUGUGGAUCACACAUUGAGAAGCUCUACUGUGAAAACUGGGCUGUGGUUAAAAUGACUUGCACUUCAAAUUUAGCGAUUAAUGUGUUGGGGUAUUUGGUUAUUGUUACGUAUUUUGGUCACGUGAUGUUCAUUCUUUUUUCUUAUGUGAAACUGAUCAAAACCAGCUUGAAGUCAGCAGCGAACCGCAGUAAAUUCAUUCAGACGUGUACUCCACAUUUACUCUCGUUAAUUAACGUGACCGUGGCGUCGCUGUUUGAUAUGAUGUACAGUCGUUACGGAUCCAGAGAUUUUCCACAGGGCUUACGCCACUUCCUGGCAUUAGAGUUUCUCAUAGUACCUCCUCUUCUCAAUCCCUUGAUUUAUGGCCUGAAAUUGAGUAAGGUCCGAAAUGAGGUGUUGAAGCAUGUGAUUUGUUACAUUGUAAAAUUUUAAGUAAUUCAGUCUUACAUGCGUCAUGGCACCUUGUCUCUCCCUCUGAUGCCACGUUGCCAGGGAGACCUUCUUCACUUCCAUCCCAGUGCUGAUGGAGCAGUCCCAGAGCCAUUCAGGAUAGCGCCCCCUUUUGUCAGAGAGUGAUACAGGUUAGCGGGGAUGAGCUGAUAUCAGUACAGAAAGCCCCCUCUGUGCUUCUCUGGGUUCAUACACUCUCUUUUAAUGUCCCUCUUUUGAUCACUUGACUCAGAACCCCCUUGAAAUGGUUAAGUUGGUUAUCAAUUGGUUAUUGCUUUCCGAUCUGCUGCUAUGUUCCUCUUUAGCUUGUCACCUUUUUGCUCAUUUUCUAUUUUUGAUUAUUCUUAUUAUUUGUAUUUGGAUUCUUGAGCAAUCACAUAUUACUGAGACAGAUGGCAAAGUAUUAAGUUUGCAUGGUGAGCGACGAGGAAUUUCAAAAUAAAUGAAUAAAAUAGAACCUAACAUCAAAUAGUGUCUUUUCCUUCAUGUCUGUGUCGCACUUCCACUCUUGUCAACCCAAGUCUGUUGGCCAUUUUAUUUCUCACAUAAAGUCACUUUCAUAUGAUCGUUUCUCCUUUGGUGCUGCCGGU